AUGGCCCCUCCACGCAAAGCUCUCAUCGCGGUCACCUCAGCACACGCUCCGCUAUAUCCGGAUGGCAAGGAAACAGGAAUGUUCGUAACGGAGGCCCUUCAUCCCUUCAACGUCUUCCGCAAGGCCGGAUUCGAAGUCGACCUCGCUUCUGAGACCGGUACCUACCAAGCAGACUGGCUAUCGCAGCAGAAAGACUGGCUUCCAGAAGAGGACCGGAAAGUCUGGGAGGAUCCAUCGAGCGACUUUCGCAAGAAGCUGGAUGCUCAUCUGAAGCCUGGGGAUAUUGAGGCUCAUGAAUACGGCAUCUUCUUCGCCUCAGCCGGCCACGCAUCCUUGAUCGACUACCCGGAUGCCAAGGGUCUUCAGAACAUUGCUUCGACGAUGUUUACGGAUGGGAGCAUCGUCUCUGCAGUUUGCCACGGCGGAGCCAUCUUCCCAGGCAUCAUCAACCCCAAGACCGGCAAAUCUAUCAUCAACGGUAGAACCGUAACCGGCUUCACGACAAAGGGCGAGGAGGAAGAGGGCGUGCUGGAUACGAUCAAGAGCUGGAAAAAGCCGACCAUUGAGGCUGCUGCUGCUGAUGCGGGCGCUAAAUACGUCAGCCCACCCGGUCCUUGGGACUCAUUCACUCAGACCGACGGUACAAUUGUCACUGGCGCGAAUCCAGCUUCAGCGCAUGCGACUGCUGAGGCGUGUGUCGAGGCUUUUAACAAGCUGUGA